CACUUUGUGCGAUCUCAAUAGAGCGAUGGUACGCCAUAUGUCGGCCUCUCAGCUUCCAUAGCAGCAUACAGAGGGCCCGCAUCACCAUUGCCGUCAUUUGGGCAGUUUCGUUAUGCGUUGCCUUGCCCGAGUUCCUGGCCUCUACAGUGAUACCAUAUCGCCCAGACACAUUAUUCAGGACAAUGUGUUACCCGGCUCUAUGGGAACGAAGAACGGUGGCGAACUUCCAGAUCUGUCUCUUGAUAUUUUUCUACUUCCUACCGCUUUGUAUCAUAACCUGUCUGUACACGCACAUUGCUAUCGUGCUCUGGAGGAAACGUGUUCCGGGGUCAGCCGAAAAACAUCUUCGCCCAGUACAGUUAUCGAAGCGAAAAAGUACAGACAGCGAUAAUCGGGUGUCUAGCCGCAGAAAGGCUGUUAAGAUGUUAGUGGUCAUUGUGGUGGUGUUUGCAAUGUGCUUCCUGCCUAAUCACACACUCAACAUUCUAAGAUAUCUGGAGCAACUGAGGAAGGUUCCAAACCUGAGGAUGUUUGCUCUCAUCGCUCACUGGUGUACAUUCUUCAACAGCUGCAUCAACCCAAUUAUCUACAACUUUAUGAGCGACAAGUUCCGGAAGGAGUUUCGUGUUGCGUUCUCUCUAUGUUGCCACUGUGGUAAAGCCAGGACACCAAGGGGAUCAAUGGUUCGUUACCAAAUGACUGCUGCCAACAAAAGGAACUUAACUGUGAAAAUCAGCAACAGUAACAUCAAAUAAAUGGUGAAACUAAAUAACCAUUCAGCAUGGUUCAAUUGCAUUUUCAUCAAACGUAUUAUGAUCGUAUUUGUCUUUAAAGCGGUCGAGGUGAAGGUUAUUUAUCAUUUUUAAUUGUGGCCUUAUUUGGUCUUGUAAACAUGAUGAAUAUUAAGCACCCUUAGUUUUGUUUUGUUAACAUGAAUGUAUGUGAAAUGUGCCUGAUAUAAUAAAUGACUCGGUUCAUUGAUACAAGCAGUGCAACAUAACCAAACAAUGCUCUGAAUAUGAACGAUUGUGA